AAUAAACCCCUCCCCUUUCCCAAAAUUUACCCAAAAACAAAAGACAUUUCCACUUCAAACAUUUAUGAACACUCCCCCAAACCUUCCUCCUCCUCCUCCUCCUCUUUCCUAAACAAGAUAAAACCUUCCCAGUUCCCACCACUCCAUGCGCUCCUGACCUCCGAUCGCUCCUCCUCCGAUCACCGCCGCAGAUCUCUGAUCCAUCCUCAGGUAAACAACCACCCCCCAGAUCUGGCUACGCACCCAAACCCCCCCGUUUCUCUGACGCUUUCGUUUCUUCACAGGCAGGAGGUGUUCGGGGAUCUGUGCCCAAUGGAAUCCACGACUCCGAGCCCUUGUAAGAUCACCCUCAAGCUCAGAAGAGACGACGAACAAGAACAAGAGCCGAAAACGAACGACGACAAACCCGCCCAGUCUCCUUCGUCUUCCUCCGUCUCGUCGCCGCCGUCUUCCCCUUCCUCCUCCGACGAGAUUCUCCAGUCCCAUCUCCAAUCCCAGGAGCUCGUGCUCUACGAUCCCGCCGUCGCCGCGAAUGCCGGCGGUGACGCCAAUCGCGCUGCUACAGUGAAUCGGAUUCCGAAUCUGAACAAAUCCAUUUCUCCGGUCUCGGUUUCGAAUAGUCAAGGUCCUAGGGUUUUGCCGUCGGUCGGGGCCUUCACUGUGCAGUGUGCCAAUUGCUUCAAGUGGAGGCUGAUUCCGACGAAGGAGCAGUACGAGCAAAUCCGGGAGCACAUUCUGGAACGGCCGUUCUACUGUGAGACUGCAAAGGAAUGGAGGCCGUCGAUUUCGUGUGAUGAUCCGGCUGACAUUACUCAAGACGGGAGCCGGCUCUGGGCCAUUGAUAGGCCUAACAUUGCUCAGCCACCGCCCGGCUGGCAACGGCUACUCAGGAUUCGAGGUGAAGGAAGCACCAAGUUUGCAGAUGUUUAUUAUCAAGCGCCGUCGGGCAAGAGACUUCGGUCCAUGGUGGAGGUUCAAAAGUAUUUGAUUGAACAUCCUGAGUAUAUGGUGGAUGGGCUAUCUAUGGCACAAUUUUCAUUUCAAAUUCCAAGGCCUCUGCAGGAGAAUUAUGUGAGGAAACGCCCUGCUGCUCCUCGUUUGACAGCUGCUGCUCAUGCCAGUAGAACUCUUGAACCUACUGAAGCAAAUCCCAUAGCAUGGGCUGGUCCAGAUGAUACAGAGUUGCAACUUGGUUCUCCGUACUUGGAGGCUCAUGUGUUUGACCCUGUUGGUCGACCUACAAAGAAGCGAGCCAAAACAAGAACUCCAUCAAGGGUCUACAAUAGUAAUUUAAAUAUCAGCACAGAGUCGAGCUAGAAGGGCCUAUGUCAUUCUUAAAACUGGUUGCUCUUUCUUGCUCUCUCUGGGGACCUUUUCACGUUGUAUCUGUCUUGUUUUUCUUAUCUCGGCUUGUGUUGGCUUACACUAUAAUGUUAUAUACGGUAUAUCCAGCAAAGAAUAGGAAGGGUUUUGAACUUGUGAGGAGAGGAAAGAACAUUUUGGGGUCUAGGGCAUAUUGACUUGUUGUAAGCUUGAUGCUCGUCUUGUGUAGAAAAAAAAAAUCAAAAGAAAUUGCAGAUCAUAUGAAGGUCCAACCGGUCGAAUUAUGCUUGUGCAAUAGAGCAGCAAUUUUUCUUUUU